ACUAAUCCAGAAAAAAGUAAACAAAAACUCAAGCUUAGUACUCCCUCAUAGAAGAAUUAAACUCAUCUCUCUCAUAGAGUCCAUAGACAUAGUGUUUGAAGAAAGAAGAAGAAUGAAAUUAUGAAGCAUUAAAUCAAAACCAAAACUCAAAAAAUGGAAUCAAGCGUUUUAGAAAGCAUUGGCGUUGAGAUAAUCGGAGUAAUGUCACCAGUUUCAAUCUGCAUGUUCCUCGUCGUUCUCCUCGUCUACACUCUCUCCACCACCUCCUCACCGGAAACCACCUUCACCACCGCCGCUAAUCUCGUCUACGCUGAAAACCCCUCCGACACCACCGCACAAAAACUCGAAGGCGCACUUCUCAACGCCGUCGUUUUCAUCAUCCUCAUCGCCAUCGUCACCUUCCUUCUCGUCCUCCUUUACUACUACAACUGCACCGCCUUCCUCCGUAACUAUGUCCGCUUCUCCGCCUUCUUCGUCCUCGCUACCAUGGGUGGAUCCAUCUUCAUCAACCUAAUCGAACGCUUCUCAAUUCCGUUAGAUUCAAUCACUUUUUUCAUUUUUCUCUUCAAUUUCACUAUUGUUGGUGUGCUUUCGGUUUUCGCGGAAGCGAUUCCGAUUAUUGUUCGUCAGUGUUAUAUGGUUUGUCUUGGGAUUUUCGUUGCUGCGUGGUUUACGAAGCUUCCGGAAUGGACCACGUGGACGCUUCUUGUUGCUCUUGCUCUUUAUGAUCUUGUUGCUGUUUUAGCUCCUGGUGGUCCUUUGAAGCUCCUCGUUGAAUUGGCUUCGAGCCGGAAUGAGGAGCUUCCUGCUUUGAUUUAUGAAGCUCGCCCUACCGUUGCUCCUAACAGCAGGGCCGCUGCUUUUGGGCUUUUCGUCGCCGGUGUUUCUGAAGCUCAGCCAACUCAAUCGUCUUCGAUUGAGCUUCAGGAACUUCAGGUGGUCCCCAUAGUGAAUAUGAAUGAACGUGAUAAUGAUAUUCAUAUUGAAGGAGGUGGUGGUGAUGAUUCUGUUGCGGGGGUUGAGGAUUUUCGGAAUGAUGAAGGGGAAAGGUCACCAUUGGUUGGAAAUAAUGGGAAUCGCGAAGAAGAAAGGUCUCCACUUGUUGAGGUGAUGGGGAAUGAGAGGAGAGAACCCAGGGAAAGAGAGGAAUUUGCUGAGAGAGGGAUUAAGCUUGGACUUGGUGAUUUUGUGUUCUACAGUGUUCUUGUGGGAAGAGCUGCAAUGUAUGAUCUUAUGACUGUUUAUGCUUGUUACCUUGCCAUUAUAUCUGGACUUGGAUGCACUCUUAUUUUGUUGUCGGUUUGUCGUCAUGCUUUGCCGGCUCUUCCGAUUUCGAUUGCUUUGGGUGUGCUUUUCUAUUUCUUGACUAGAUUGUUGAUGGAGCCUUUUAUCGUUGGAACUGCUACGAAUUUGAUGAUGUUUUGAACUGGCAUUGACAAGGAGUUUUAUGACGAGGUUAGGUUUUUAGAUAUGUAUGUACUAGUACUGGUGCUUUUGUUGACAAGGAAUUUGUGCAUGGAGUGAGGAGAUAGUGUUCCAUGAGUCUUAUCUCUGUUGUAGUAACAAUACUUGUUUACAUCAUGUUAUUUUUGAGCUGAUAGUGUAGUAACUAAUGGUCUUCACUCAUCAACUGAAAGUUUGAAAUGCAAUCUCUUUCAUGCCCAUUGUUGCAGAGCCUGUAAAUUUUAGAGCUAAAUUGAAUAUCAGAAUACUACUACUAUUUAAUUGGUCUAAUUGUUUUCCUUUGCUUUUUGAACAAGAAAAUGAGCUGUGUGGAGAAAAUUAGCGGUGACUAAGCAUUUGUUGAGUAUAUAUAUCACUCUUUUAUUUUUCAGAUUUCCCAUAUAAAUCACGAUACUUAACAUUUUGUCA